AUGUUAGAUCGAAGAAGUUAAAGUCCAAUAGCCACAAGUCAAAGGAUGGGAACUGCUAGAGCCAUUUUCGACACAGGUCCUGAGCCAGAACCAACAAAGAGACUUACAAGGUCAAUAAGAAAUACCAGUACGGAACAAAAACAGGCUGAAUAAAAAUAAAUGCUUUUUUAAUAUGGAGGAGUGUCAUCCCUGGACAUGAAUUGUACUUACAAAUCUUUAUCCAGCCCCAAAUGUCCACUAGUACCCAAAUUAACAAGCAAAUUAUCAAUCAUCAGAGAUGGACACCUACAGAACCAGCCAAGUCUAUAAGCCAAUAGAAGUGAAUGCAUAAUCGACUUCAUAAUUUAAUUACUAAAGUAUCGAUUAUUAAAAACCACAGACCGGAUCAUUUAUAUAGACAGGUACUUGAACUAAUUAUGAUAGCAUAUAUCAACAAAUGUAUUAAAUAUUAUUAUCAAUUAAGUUUAAGAACCGUAAGGUAGUGUGAAGAACUACUAGAGCAAAACAACCUAUGAAGUUCCUAAGCCUGACACAAAAUAUCAGAUGUACGAUUUUGAUAAAAUUGCAAAACAAGAAAAACCGAAAGUUUAUGAGAAAUUUGAACCUUACAAGUUUGAACCACUAAAAUAUGAUCAAUUCGAAAAAAUAAGGGAUGUCCAAUCUUCACAGAGAUCAAUUCCAUAACCUAAUCAUUCAAUCAUGUUUGAAUUUUUAUUAAAUAUGUAGAUAAACAUCAAACAAUCCAUUUCCUUAAGAUAGAAUUACUUUGGAUACUUAAUUCAACAGAUCAAGUAUGAACCUGCCUUCAGAGUAAGUAAGUUUGAGUAAAUAAAAAAUCAAUGAAUCCUUCCAAUAAUAGGAAAUUGUGAUUUAAAAUUAGAAGCCUUCUGAGCAGAUACUGUAUAAGUCCAACUAUAAGGUACCCUCAGAACGUGAGGAAUCAGUUAAGAUGGAAUACAGACCUACUACUCCAGUUCAGACUCAAUCAUAAUAACAAUAGUCUAUAGCAAGAUAGUCUGAGGAUCAACUCUAUAGACAAGAACCAAUUGAGAUCAACUUCAAACCCAGUUAUGGUUAGAAUUUUUCACUAUAAUUAAGGUGAACCUUAGAGGAAGUAUGAAGAUGAGUAUGCCAUUAUAGAAAACGAGGCAAAUGAGCAUGAAUUCAAUGCAGGAUGUCUAAUCUUUUGA